UCGGGACCGUGGGAGGGAGGGAGGUGCGAGCAGCAGUAAACAGCGAGACAGCAGGAGCAAGGCAGCAGCAGCAGUAACAGUAACAUGUGUGGCUGCUCCAGCGUGCAGUAAGCUCUCCCCGGCCACCACCACCACCACUAUGGCUCCCCCGCACCUGCUCCAGCUCCUGGCCCUCGCCUGCCUCGCCUCCACGGUCGCUGGACAUUACUGCGAGUGGGAUCUAUGUGGCAGCGAACAGUACUGCUGUGGCGACAAUCUUUGCUGUGAUUAUGUGUAUAGUCUCUGGUACUUUUGGGUUGGAGUAGUGUUCUUGGUGUUGCUGGUGUCUGCGUGUGGCGGACUCUUCCGCUACUACUACAGACAAUGGAGCAGUGCUGGCAGUGGUCCCCCUUACAUACCUUUCCCUGCCAGCCCAACAUAUACCUCCCUCCCUACACGCAUCUCCAGCCAUGAUCCUCUCUUUCAGAUAACCGAAGAUGCUGUCAAGCCUAAGCUGUAGAUACCAGUAGAAUGAAAUUGGUCUUCCUAGGUGAUCUUAGCAGUACAGUACCUCAUAUUAACUUGACUUGAAAAUGCAAGCAUUAACAAAAUCAAAUAACAAAAUUCAGUGGUUAGAUUCCCAAAUUGUGCAGUAAUUUGCAUAUAUGCAGGCGAUGAGUCACAAUAACGUGGCUGAAGUAUGUUGACCAGACCACACACUUGAAGUUGAAGGGACGACGACGUUUCGGUCCGUCCUGGACCAUUCUCAAGUCGAUUGUAUCGACCAAUCGACUUGAGAAUGGUCCAGGACGGACCGAAACGUCGUCGUCCCUUCAACUUCUAGUGUGUGGUCUGGUCAACAAAUUUGCAUAUAUGUACUGGUAGAGCACAUUUGUCCAUUUCUUUCAUAUUUGAUACAUGGUUUAUUUGGUGAAUAUAUGAGCAUGUAUAUAUUGAGUAGUGAACUACUGUGGGAUUGGACCAGUACGACUUAACUUAGGAUGUGAUAAAUAAUGGAAUGGAUCAUUUGGUUUAAGAUUUGAGUGUUGGUUUGGCGUAUGCAAAAUGUUGGUCUUCAUGUUGCACUUCUGUCGAGUUUGGCCAAGUUGCAAUAUACUCAAUUUGUGACCCCUUAACAUGGGAAGGAGGUGAAGUGAGAGCAUUGUGGAGGUGUUACCAUGGUUGAUAUGUGACGUAGGUAAUUAGGCUCGGUGAUGUAACUUGUACAAUCCACCUGAUCUCUUAUUCUAUCUCAACCUUAAUAAAGACUUGAUAAAUAAAUCAAUAUCUUGACUGUCGGUUUCAUUUAAAAAGAAAAAAAUUACUUAAAUGAUGGCAGAAUUUAUUAAUAUUUUUUUUUUUUUUUUUUUAAUAUUUAUUUGUUCAUUAGAGUUGAGGCAGUUUCUGUUGUAUGUAUAUACUGUGUUGUAUAUUCUUGACCACUCGUAGAUGUUUUAAAAGAGAGUUGAUUACCGUAGCUGUCAUUUUAAUUCGUUUAAAUUUCAUUUACUUGUUCCCCACAAAUUAGUUCCUUAAUUUGUAUCAAAUGCAGAAUAGGACAAUUCUUGUUAACCAAUAUUAUAUGACGGUUGUUGGCCGUUUGACUGCCCUACAAUGGUAAGGAGAGAGAUGUGCAUUGUAUUGGCACUCGGUCAUUAUAUCUGGUCAUGAUGGUCACGAGUUGUAUGGCAGGAAGUUGUCUCACAACUUAUGGGCAGACAAUGAAUUGUGUUUUGUAACUGUUGGUGGAUGUAAUAAUGAGUACUCGUGUGACAGAUGUACACAGGAGUCAUUCAAUAUUUUGUUCAUGCAUUUUGAGAGGUUAGUAAUUUGUAAAUAUGAGUUGAUGAAAAAUAUAUCCAUUUAACAUUGCUAAAAGUCAAGUUUCAUAAGCAGUGAACAGUAGUGUGAACUCUGCCUCCUGCUGCUACCCUUGUCUACAUAAUGGAUUACAGUCUUGUAAGCUUGUUAAUACAAGAAUUGUAUUUACUAAACACCUCAUUUUAAAUGAGAUUGAUCCUAAAAAAAAAAUAUUAAGAUUAAUUGGGCAUUAUUUGUAAUGGGGAAAACCAUUACCUAUUAGAUACUUUAAUUUGGAUAUUAAUUUUUGACUGCCUUUGCAGAUUUAAAGUAGACACAGGCAGUAAUGAAUUGUAUAAUUAGUUCCAUUGUAUUAUAAGCUUCCUUGAUCUAUGGAGCCUAUUUAUAUUGUCAGGGGUCACUACGCAGGGCUCGAGUAGUUGUACCGUCAAUGGUUGUGUUUUUAAUAUUAUCCUAAUAAUGUAUCUUACAACUAGAAAAUCAAUAUUGUCCAUAUUUUUUUAUAAUACUGAUUUAUGGUAAGAUAUGUAGAAAUUUAAGUGGUGUGUGUGUGUGUGUGUAUAUAUAAAUAUUUUUUUGAUAUGUUGAUUGCAAAUUCUUGAAUGCAUAUUAUGCAGUUUUAAUAAACAUUUAUAUUGUA